CGCACCAACCGCACAUGUUUAAGGAGAUAAAAAAAAAUCCCCCCAUUUGAUCUGGAUCAGUCUGCCUGAGAGUCACCGUGAAGUCGGCUGGAAAUGAACUCUGAAGGUCCACGGAGCAUUCAUGAUAAGAGUCGGCGCUUCUCCUCCUCCUCCUCCUCCUCCUUCCUCAUCCUCCACAUGAGAAGUUUGACCGGAGCUGGCUGAAGGGAGGCUGUCUGUCUGUCUGUCUGUCUGUCUGUCUGUCUGUGUGAUCUCACAUUGGCUGUUUCAUCUUUGGAGCUCAAGCAACUGGACGACUGUUUCACAGGACACUGAGGAUUGCAUGCAUCAGUGCCAAGAAAUUGCAUUACGUGGGAGACUUCUGCUAAGGAGACACAGAGACGCUUCUGAAGGAUGGAGGUGGGAGCUGAGCAAGGACGCACGCAGGGGAACGGACGCAGUGACGCCGCCGCCAAAGAGCCGCGCACCUCUCCCUGCACCAGCCUGAAGAUGUUUCUGGUGGCUUUGUCCUUUGCCUAUUUCGCAAAGGCGCUGUCGGGGAGCUACAUGAAGAGCACAAUAACUCAGCUGGAGCGGCGCUUCGACAUCCCCAGUUACCUAAUAGGUGUCAUUGACGGGAGCUUCGAGGUAGGUAACCUGUUGGUGAUAGCAUUCGUCAGUUACUUCGGGGCCAAGCUCCAUCGGCCAAAGAUCAUUGCAGUGGGUUGUGUACUGAUGUCCAUUGGCACUUUCAUCAUCGCUCUGCCUCACUUCAUCAUUGGACGCUAUGAAUUUGAAACGUCGGUGCGGUGGGUAGUGAACUCAACACUUAACCCCUCUCCUUGUCCGGUUGGCUCACCAGCAGACCUGAGUCAAGAUGGUAAACUGCCUCAAGUGCCAGCCACAGGGUGUGAAGGUGACUCCAACCUUUCGAUGUGGAUCUAUGUGCUCCUGGGAAAUGUCUUGCGGGGGAUCGGGGAGACGCCUGUUCAGCCUCUUGGGAUCUCUUAUAUAGAUGAUUUUGCUACAGAGGAGAAUGCUGCACUAUAUGUUGGCUGUGUGCAGACCAUUUCAGUGGUUGGACCUGUGUUUGGCUACCUGUUGGGCUCCCUUUGUGCCAAAAUCUAUGUGGACAUUGGAUUUGUAAAAAUGGAAACUAUCACCAUCACCCCAGCAGAUUCCCGCUGGGUGGGGGCCUGGUGGCUGGGCUACCUCAUAGCUGGGGUCAUCACCCUACUCUCUGCCAUCCCUUUCUGGUUUCUGCCCCGCUCCCUGCCCAUACCGGGGCCCCAGGGCACAGAGAAGUGCACACCAGAGCAGACAAGUUUCAUUAAAGACCCUCCUCAUCUGAAGCACAAGUAUCCUGCAGAAGAAAAUACUAGUUUCAUAGAAAUGGCCAAAGACUUUAUUCCAACCCUGCGAACUCUGCUGGGACACCCUGUGUAUUUGAUCUACCUUUGUGUGACAAUCAUCCAGCUGAACUCUCUCAUCGGCAUGGUCACCUACAAGCCCAAGUACAUCGAGCAGCACUUCAGACAGUCUGCCUCAAAGGCCAACUUUCUCAUGGGUGUGAUCAAUAUCCCAGCUGUGGCACUGGGGAUGUUUUCUGGAGGUCUACUGAUGAAGAGGCUGAAGCUGAACAUCAUGGGAGCGGCCAGGUUUGCCUUCGGCACAUCUCUGAUCGGUUACGUCCUGUCGCUGUUCUUCUUCGCAAUGAGCUGCGAGAAUGCCAAGGUAGCCGGCGUGACGCUUUCAUACAACAGCAUGGAUACAAUAUCGUAUGAUAAACAAUCAGUGUUCGCAUCCUGCAACUCAGACUGUGUUUGUUCAGCGAGUGACUGGGACCCAGUCUGUGGAGAGAAUGGCAUCACAUAUGUUUCUCCCUGUCUUGCUGGCUGCAGCAGCUCUGCUGGCUCAGGGAAGAACACAAUCUUCUCUAACUGUAGCUGUGUCGGUGUGGCUGGUAAUUUUACGGCCAGUACAGGUCAGUGCCCUCACAAGGACGACUGUGACAGGAUGUUCCCGUACUUCCUGGCUCUCUCUGUCAUCACUUCCUUUAUCAUCUCCCUUGGGGGCACACCAGGCUACAUGUUUCUCAUCAGGUGCAUCAAACCACAACUGAAAUCUUUGGCGUUGGGUUUCCAUGCUCUGGCAACACGUACCCUCGCCGGGAUCCCAGCACCCAUCUACUUUGGAGCAAUCAUUGACACCACAUGUCUAAAAUGGGGUCAGAAGAGGUGUGGAGGCAUAGGAGCCUGUAGGAUCUACAACACCACUGCAUACAGGAUAGCAUACUUGGGUCUGACUAUGAGCCUGCGGACUAUCUCGUUUAUCAUUUGCAUCCCGGGCUUCUUUCUGCUCAGUCGACAGCUGAGGAAGGAGGAAAGAAAUGCCAUCCACGGAGCUCUGGCCAACGGCGGAACAGAGCUGGAGGCACUUAGGAAAGACGAGUUUGUGAUUUCUAAUUCUGACCAAUCCCAACAAACGGCAGACAACAGCACGGACAGGGAGACGCGGCUGUGACAGAUUCAGCAGAACUGACCCCCCCCCUCGUCUCCGUCACAGACAUCACAGGUGAACAAAUGCAACCAUACACACUCAAGUGAGAUUUGCAGGGAAUCACGUUUUAUCCGAUCAUCUCAUAUAAAGCAUCAAUUCUAUAUUUGUACUACUGGACCUGUGAAGGCUUUGUGAAUUUGACAGAACAUUUUAUAUAACUGAAGUAUUUCUUGAAUGUACAUGCUGUUAUUUUUUUUUGUUUUCAAUAUAACUAUAUUUUUCUGAUUUUAAUGGUUGCACAAGAGAUUAGAUGGGAAAUGUGACUUGUGCAGACUACAAAAAAAACAGUACAAUUCUGAAAACCAGCACUUAUAAAGCUGCCUCUUUGGAUUUUCCUCUCAAAUUAAGUUUUUCUUCCUGACAUCACAUGAGGAGAAGUGGCCUUAUGAACCAGAGGCACGACACUAAAUUAAAAAUAUAUAUAUAUAUAAUUAAGAUAGAGACAAUUAGGCAUUCAGGAAGUGAGGAUAUAUAUUUUUUUUUCAGAAUUUUAAAUAGAAAAGAUAAACGGGUUGUUGUGGAAAUAUGUGUGUGAACACGUAUUUCAGUAACUUUUAAAAGGCUUGACAGUUGUUGAUAUGACGUAUGUGCCUCAUUCACACAACAGUUACCUCUAACUCAUGUUUCACACUUUGAACAGAUCUCUUUACACUCACUUAAAAAAAGUUUAAUUUUUCUAACUGACUCUAAAACGUUUUUUAUUUUACUUUAAGCCCAAAGUCAGGUCUGACUGUAUUGCAAUUUGUGUUGUGUGCUUUCUGGAUGUGAACUUGUUCCUUUGGUACUCAUACUCACUAAAAAUGGAAAUUGUAUUUCAGUGAGAUUUGCUUUCCUGUUUGUCUCGUGGAGGCUGCUCCAUAUUUGUAUACCUUCAACCAGCACCAGCCCCAAUUAACUUGUAUUGAAAUCUGGUAUUAGAAAAGAGAAAAACAUUAAGAGUGCACAGCACAUUAAACUUUAUCAUGACACUGAUCGUUGGCUUAGACUGAAUUUGCUCACCUCAGUAGGCUCUGGUAUUGAAACGAUGAUGGUGGAGUUGAAUGCUUGCUCUUGUAUCUGCCAUGUUUUUUGUCUUGGAAAAGGCACAAUUUGUACUGUUGCAACAUUGAUAAGAGAUAUACUGUAUGUUGUUCCGUUCUUUAGGCAAAUGACCCCCACUAAGUAUCGCCACAGGAAAUGUGCAUUUAUGUUGCUGAUGUGUAUAAGCUCUCCAGCCAUUGCUAUACGAUAUGUUUCACUGGUCAGUCUAUUUUUAUGUUGGGUAUUUUUGCGUGUGCAUGAACUCUUGUGCCAAAACCCACAAACAGAAAGAUCAUGGUCUACUCUCAGGUUUUUCCUAUGAAGCUUCAUCCCAUAAUCACAACCCAUUUCCUUGAAAUCUGUCAAAAUAAUUUCUAAAGUAAAAUUUUGUCUAGCUACUGUAUCUCAAGACAAUUGUUUUUUGUUUUUUAAAUAUUCAUUUUGUCUUUGUAAAUGUAUAGCAUAUCAUAAUUUUAUAAGACUUUAUUUCCCGAAUGGAUAUGUACCAUUGUGGUGACUGAAUCGUCUUUUCAAUUCAGGUUUAGUUUCAGGCACAAGUACAGACUCGGAGAGGAGCAGCAUUUACUUGCAUUAAAGAAAUCAGAAUGUAAAUAAUUUUCUUGGACUAUUUUUGUAAAAAUUUCAAAGAAUAUCUUAAAUGUAAUACUAAAAUAAAACUUUUAAUAUCCAAUUAAA